ACAGAAAUUCUUCUUGACGUUUGAAAUACGCUUUUGUCUUGUCAGUUGUUGUCGUUGUUGACGUAGUAGAGAUUACUCAUCUUAAAUAGAAGGAUUAUACUGUUAUCAUCAAAUUUUAAAAUAGAAUUGGAUUGUGCUUGUGUUAGUUGUGAAGUUGUGCAUCAAGAUGAGUUAUCCUGGGUAUAAUCCAUAUCAACAGGGAUCAGCACCGGGAGCACCCAGCCCAUACCCCCAACACCCUCAAGGAGGAGCACCUUCCUACCCACCACUCAAUCCUAACGCUUUCGGUUAUCCCUCUAACAUGCCCAUGCAAAUGCCCCAACCCAUGCAAAUGCCCACUUACCCUCCCAGCAUGCCAGGCUAUCCCCCCGCCGUUCCCGGGGGCUAUCCCCCACCCCAGUCUAGCGGAGGAUACCCGCCAUCGAGUGGGGGAUAUCAUUCGGGCGGCGGUGGGGCUUCGUAUCCUCCGAACACGUAUCCCUCAGGUCCGCAGCAGCCCUAUUCUAGUGCUCCUGGUGCUCCUCCCGGUGGACAUGGCCAUCAAGGAUCUCAGGGACCUUACGGAGGGUUUUCGUAUACACAGCACAGUGCUCCUCAAAGUUAUGCAGCUCCUCGCAGGACCCAGAGGACUCCCACCGUCAGACCUGCCCAACCAUUCAACCCCAAUGAUGAUGCUCAAGUUCUUAGAACAGCGAUGAAAGGUUUCGGAACCGAUGAGAAGGCCAUUAUCAAUUGCUUGGCAAGAAGAACCAAUGAACAGAGACUACAUAUUGCUGCUGCGUUUAAAACUAUGUACGGAAAGGAUUUGAUCAAGGACUUGAAGAGUGAACUCAGCGGAAACUUCGAAAACUGCAUCGUGGCUAUGAUGACUCCUCUUCCCGAAUACUACGCCAAAGAAUUGCACGAUGCUAUGAGCGGUGUUGGAACUGAUGAAGACGUCCUCAUCGAGGUCAUGUGUACCAUGUCCAACAGGGAAAUUAUGGUCAUCAGGGAAGCGUACCACAAAUUAUAUUACAGAUCGUUAGAAAGCGAUCUCAAAGGCGACACCGCUGGCACAUUCAAGCGCUUGAUGGUCUCUCUCUGUAACGCCUCCAGAGACGAAAGCAACGUCACCGAUCCUCAAAGAGCUUUACAAGACGCCCAGGCUCUACUCCAAGCCGGAGAGCUUCGUUUGGGCACAGACGAAUCCACCUUCAACAUGGUUUUAUGCCAAAGAAACUACGCUCAGCUCCAGCUCGUUUUCCAAGAGUACCAGAAGAUCACCGGCCACGACAUCGAGAAAGCUGUCAAAAAUGAGUUCUCUGGAGACUCGGAAGAUGCUCUUUUAGCCAUUAUCAGGUCCAUAAAGAACCAAGCGGCGUUCUUUGCUAAAUAUUUGAAUAAGAGCAUGAAAGGGCUAGGAACCAACGAUAGACAGUUGAUUCGACUGGUAGUAACGAGGUCUGAAAUUGACAUGGUUGAAAUUAAGAGCGAAUACCAGGCCAAAUACGGUGAAUCUUUAGCUGAUGCUAUUAAGGGCGACUGCUCCGGACAUUACAAAAAGUGUUUACUGGCACUCAUUGGCGAAUACUAAUAAUCUGCACGUAUAAUUUUUUACUGAAGUUUUUCCAUUAUUAUUGUUAAUCUUUAGAAAUUUUAUGUAGUUUUUACUUUAAACCAACAAACAGAUUUGAUACUAUUCAUUUUUUCCCUCUGUAAUCAGUGAUUCCUCGUGCCUAUUGGGUGCCACACUGUCCAAUAAAAGCUGUAAAUGGUCAGUCAAACCUUAUUUUUACUAAUACUAUGCCUAUUUCGAUGCAUCCCUUUAGUUCGGUUGCCUUUUAAAUGACCACAAGAUCCAGGUAUUUGGUCCGAUUUUCAAAACAAUAACUUUUGAUAAAUUUCAAUAAUACAAAACACGUGCUCGUUUUUCUAAACUAUCAAGUUGCAGCUGCAUAGGUCAGGUAUCGCGCGUGUUGUUGUGUACAAAAAAGUUUUAUCUCAGGCAGGUACCGUUAUAAAUUCAGCUACAACUUUGUUUCAAUUUCGAAUUUUUUAAUAACAUUUUAGGACAGUACUUCUAUGAUACUAAGGAAUGUUUUUACGUAAAAAACAAAAAUUGAUUUUUUUUAUAAUUUAUAAAAUAUAAAUAAGGGGACUUAAAAGUACCCGUAAAAAUAUGUAAUUUUUGAACGUUUAAAACUCAAAUUUUAAUAAUAUCUACAAAAUACGAGAUCUUAGUGUAUAUGUUACUGGUUUGUUCUUAAACUGUUAGUUUAUUUUAAAAUCGCUGAAAUAUAUCGCACCCUCAGUAAUAUAAGGGCUCAACUCAAAAUUUGUGUUAAUUUUGACUUUGAAUGAUAUGGGCACAAAAUGAAAAUCUCUACCGGUUAGCAUUGACAGAGGGAGAAAAAGAACAUGAAUGGUUGGAUAAAUAUAUUUAUGCCUCUCUCUCACUCUCCCCGGCCACCUCUGGUUUUUACUGCUACAAGGGAGCAAUCAGUAACAUGUCUUUCUAUGACGAAAAUCCUGGUUAGUUUGUGUUUUAACAUUCUGUAUUUUAUAGAAUAGUUUUUAGUUGAGCCGUUAUAUCAUGCAAAAUAUAGUAAAUAAAUGGGUCUAAUUCAUAAUAGAUCGUUAUUUUGCAUAAACAGUGACAGGGCAUUAAUAAUAUAAGGGAUCAAACUUAAACAGUUCCUUAUUUCUGUUAUGUUUUUGGAACUUACUUGAGAAAGUGUUUUUUUCAAUUACAUGUAAUUAAUGGAAUUUAUUUAUAUUCAUUUUUUUUUCUCAUCGCUAUUUAUAGUGCAAUUAUCAAAUAACAAAUCUGCCGAAUUUCACAUUUAUAACUUAAAUAAUAAGCAUGUUAUUUGAAAAAAUAGCUAUAAUUUUGGAAACCAGAAUCUUUAAACGCGAUUUCCCAAAAAUCGACUUUUUUGAAUUGUGCCUCUAUAUUACUGAGGGUGCGAUAAUAUGUUGGUUCAAAUUAUACACUACCUUUGAGUGACGUAUUCAGUAAAAAUUCUGUUUGUUGGCGAAACUGUUCUGAAUAUCAAAAUGUUUGUCCGCUAGAUUUUUUGUCAAUUCAAAAUUUCUGUUUUAUACUGUAUUAAACCAUUUUAAGUUUAUUUGUGUAGCUAUCUGCUAUGAUAUAUAUGUUAAAAUUUAUUUUGAACGAGACUGAAGAAAACAAUUCCUCUAGCCACUUAUUAAUACGUAAACUAGUAAUUAAUAUUGCUUAACACUUUUAUACGUAAAUAUAAUCUCUUCAUAGAUAAAAAAAGCGAGUCCACAGAAUUAUAGGUAACCAUAUUUAUUGAUUUUGUCUGCAAAGACUAGUGCGACUCACCCCCUAUUCUCUCUAGCUCUAUUUUACUAUCUAUCGUCCAAUGAAUAUGAAAGACUUUUUAACCGCGAAUAUUUCAGAGUGAGAAUGAAAUAAUCCAGUGACGUUUAUUCUUUCCUGUCGUCCGGAUUUGACAUAUCUUUCUGUCCGAUCUGUCCAAAGCCGUUAACACAUAGCAACUUAAAAAAAAUCCGUCAUACUAUCCAACAAACUGAUACCAAUCUAUGUAUAGUGCUUUAUACGAAUCGAUUAUUUUCUGUCUAAUUGGUAGUUAAAUACCGUAUGUAUUAACUACUACUACUACAUGUCAGUUUAUAACGUUUUCCGCCUCUUCUAUGUCUCUUUCUCUCAGCUCUUUGUUAAUUCCUUCGCUCAAACUUUUUCUCGUCUACCUCGUUUCUCUUUCCUUCUGUUAUUUUUCUAAUGCGUUCGUUGGUGAUCAUUUUUCUUCUAGAUCUUCCUGCUGCUCUUCUCCAAAAAUCCAUUUCCGUUCUCAUCGUUGCCAGGGUUCGUUAUUUUAGUGGCCAUGAUGCACAGCUUUUUAAAUAGAGUGAUACUUUUCACUAGUGUCUCAUAUAUCCUCUUUUUAUUUUCUUUGCUGAUGGAUUGGUCCCAUAAAAUGCUGUUUAACAUUGUGAUGGCUUUUCUACCUAACCUAUUUCUCCCUCUUAUGGCUUUGUCUAAUAAUGUAUGUAUUAACUAAAUGUUCCAAUAUAUCCUGUCAUAAAUUUGCUUUCCAUAGUUUUAUACAUAUUUUUAUAAAUGUUUGUACUGUAUAGUUUAAUACAUAUUUUAAUGUUAAAAAAUUAAAUGACUCUAAUACACAAUAAAAAUGACUUUAUGUGUUGUUUAUAUGUAUCUGUCGAAUCUCAAAUAUUUUAAAUAUAUUUCUUUGUAAUCUUUUUAUGUAUUUUGUAAUGUACAAUGUUGCUCAUGGUAAGCUUUAAGUUAAAUUUUUAACUAUAGAAUUAUGUUGUCAGUUCUUUUGAAUUGAUGUAGAUAUGAAUAUAUAGUGAAAGCUGUAAUAAAUAUUUGUCUUGAUAA